AUGAAUCCCGAAUACGAUUACCUCUUCAAGCUCCUCCUCAUCGGAGACUCUGGUGUCGGAAAGUCCUGCCUUCUUUUGCGGUUUGCCGACGAUACCUAUACGGAGUCGUACAUUUCCACUAUCGGUGUUGAUUUCAAAAUCCGAACGAUAGAACUCGAUGGCAAGACCGUAAAGCUCCAGAUCUGGGAUACCGCUGGCCAGGAACGCUUCCGAACCAUCACUAGCUCGUACUACCGUGGUGCCCACGGUAUCUGCGUCGUGUACGAUGUCACCGACAUGGAUUCCUUCAACAACGUCAAGCAGUGGCUUCAGGAGAUUGACCGCUAUGCCACCGACGGCGUCAACAAGUUGCUCGUAGGCAACAAGAGCGAUAUGGCGGACAAGAAGGUCGUCGAGUACACUGUCGCCAAGGAGUUUGCUGAUAGCCUGGGAAUUCCCUUCCUCGAGACGUCGGCCAAGAACGCCAGCAAUGUCGAGCAGGCUUUCUUGACCAUGGCCCGUCAGAUCAAGGAGCGCAUGGGUACCGCCACCGCCAGCAACACGAAACCUUCCGUCCAAGUCGGCCCCGGCCAAGGUGUCGGAUCCUCCUCCGGCAGCGGAUGCUGUUAA